AUGUUAUUGUCCUGUGCAUAUAUCUGGUACGAAAUUGUCCGGGAUGCAAAUGUCUGGUACGUAACGGAACAACUGUCUGGUACGCAAUUGUUCGGGACACAAAUAUCUCGUACCCAAUUGUCCGGGAAGCAAAUUUCUUGUACGCAAUUGUCUGAGUGGCAAAUGUCCGGUACAGAAAUUGUCUGGGAUGCAAAUGUCUGGGACGUAUUGCAGGACGCAAAUGUCUGGUACGCAAUUGUCCGGGAUGCAAGUGUCUGGUACGUAAUUGUCCAGGACGCAAAUAUCUGGUUCACAAUUGUCCGGGAUGCAAAUAUCUGCAAAUAUCUGGUACGCAAUUGUCCGGCAUGCAAAUGUCUGGUAAGCAAUUUUCCGGGACGCAAAUAUCUGGUACGCAAUUUUCCGGGAUGCAAAUGUCUGGUACGCAAUUGUCCCGGACGAAAAUGUCUGGUACGCAAUUGUCCCGGACGCAAAUGUCUGCUACGCGAUUGUCCGGGACGCAAAUAUCUGGUACGCAAUUGUCCGGGAUGCAAAUGUCUGUUACGCAAUUGUUCGGAACGCAAUUGUCUGGUACGGAAUUGUACGGGUGGCAAAUUUCUGGUACGCAAGUUUCCGGGACGCAAAUGUCUGGGACGCAAUUGUCCGGGACGCAAAUGUCUGAUAAGCGAUUGUCCGGGUGGCAAAUGUCCGGUACAAAAUUGUCUGGGAUGCAAAUAUCUGGCACGCAAUUGUCCGGGAUGCAAGUGUCUGGUACGACGCAAAUAUCUGGUACACAAUUGUCCGGCAUGCAAAUGUUUGGUAAGCAAUUGUCCGGGACGCAAAUAUCUGGUACGCAAUUUUCCGGGAUGCAAAUGUCUGGUACGCAAUUGUCCCGGACGAAAAUGUCUGGUACGCAAUUGUCCCGGACGCAAAUGUCUGCUACGCGAUUGUCCGGGACGCAAAUAUCAAAUGGAUGCCAAUGUCUGGUACGCAAUUGUCCGGGACGCAAAUAUCUGUUACGCAAUUAUCCGGGACGCAAUUGUCUGUUUCCGGGACGCAAAUGUUUGGGACGCAAUUGUCCGGGACGCAAAUAUCUGGUACGCAAUUGUCCGGGGAUGCAAUUGUCUGGUAAAUGUCUAUUACGCAAUUGUCCGUGUUGCAAAUUUCUGGUCCGCAAUUGUCCGGGAUGCAAAUGUCUGGUACGCAAUUAUCCGGGACGCAAAUAUCUGGACGCAAAUAUCUGGACGCAAAUGCAAAUGUCUGGUACGCAAUUGUCUGGUACGCAAUUGUCCGGGGACGCAAUUGUCCGGGAAGCAAAUGUCAGUAUGCAAUUGUCCUCAAAUGUCUGGACGCGCAAAUAUCUGGUACACAAUUGUCCGGGGAAAUGACUGGUACACAAUUGUCCGGGAUGCUAACGUCUGGUACGCAAUUGUAAGGAAGCAAAUACCUGGUACGCAAUUGUCCGGGAUGCAAAUGUUUGGUACGCAAUUCUCGGAACACAAAUGUCUGGUACGCAAUUGUCCGGGAUGCAAAUGUCUGGUACGCAAUUGUCCGGGACGCAAAUGUCUGGUACUCAAUUGUUCAGAACGCAAAUAUCUGGUACGCAAUGGUCUGGGAUGCAAACGUCUGCUACGUAAUUGUCCUGGAUGCAAAUGUCUGGUACGCAAUUGUCCGGGACAAAUGGCUACGCGAUUGUCCGGGACGCAAAUAUCUGGUACGCAAUUGUCCGGGAUGCAAAUGUCUGGUACGCAAUUGUCCGGGAUGCAAAUGACUGGUGCAAUCAUCCGUGAUGCAAAUAUCUGGUACACAAUUGUCCGGGAUGCAAAAUACGCAAUUGUCCAGGACGCAAAUAUCUGGUACGCAAUUGUCCGGGAUGCAAAUGUCUGGUACGCAAUUGUCCCGUACGAAAAUUGUACGCAAUUGUCCCGGACGCAAAUGUCUGCUACGCGAUGGUCCGGGACGCAAAUAUCGAAAUUGUCCGGGAUGCAAAUGACUGGACGCAAUUAUCCGGGAUGCAAAUGUCUGGUACACAAUUGUCCGGGACGCAAAUAUCUGGUCAAUUGUCCGGGAUGCAAACGCAAUUGUCCGGGACGAAAAUGUCUGGAACGCAAUAUUCCGGGAUGCAAAUUUCUGUUACGCAAUUGUCCGGGACGCAAAUGUUUAAUCAAUUGCCUGAGAGGCAAAUAUCUAGUAUGUAAUUGUCCGGGACGCAAAAUAUGGUCAAUUGUCCGUGACGCAAAUGUUUGGUACGCAAUUGUCCUUGACGCUAAUGUUUGGUACGCAAAUCGCAAAUAUGCAAAUAUCUGGUACGCAAUUGUCCGGAACGCAACUGUCUGGUACGCAAUUGUCCGGGAUGCAAAUGACUGGUACGCAAUUGUCCGGGACGCAAAUGUCUGUUACUCAAUUGUCCAGAACGCAAAUAUCUGGUACGCAAUUAUCCGUGAUGCAAAUAUCUGGUACACAAUUGUCCGGGAUGCAAAAAUUGUCCAGGACGCAAAUAUCUGGUACGCAAUUGUCCCAAAUGUCUGGUACGCAAUUGUCCCAGACGAAAAUGUCUGGUACGCAAUUGUCCCGGACGCAAAUGUCUGCUACGCGAUUGUCCGGGACGCAAAUAUCUGGUACGCAAUUGUCCGGGAUGCAAAUGUCUGGUACGCAAUUCUCCGGGACACAAAUGUCUGGUACGCAAUUGUCCGGGAUGCAAAUGACUGGUACGCAAUUAUCCGGGAUGCAAAUGUCUUGUACACAAUUGUCCGGGAUGCAAAUUGCAUAUAUCUGGUACGAAAUUGUCCGGGAUGCAAAUGUCUGGUACGUAAUUGUCCGGAACGCAACUGUCUGGUACGCAAUUGUUCGGGACACAAAUAUCUCGUACCCAAUUGUCCGGGAAGCAAAUUUCUUGUACGCAAUUGUCUGAGUGGCAAAUGUCCGGUACGAAAUUGUCUGGGAUGCAAAUGUCUGGGACGUAUUGUUCAGGACGCAAAUGUCUGGUACGCAAUUGUCCGGGAUGCAAGUGUCUGGUACGUAAUUGUCCAGGACGCAAAUAUCUGGUUCACAAUUGUCCGGGAUGCAAAUAUCUGUUUCCGGGUUUCAAAUGAUUGGUACGCAAUUGUCCGGGACGCAAAUAUGUGGUACGCAAUUGUCCGGGAUGCAAAUGUCUGUUACGCAAUUCUCCGGAACACAAAUGUCUGGUACGCAAUUAUCCGGGAUGCAAAUGUCUGGUACACAAUUGUCCGGGAUGCAAAUGUCUGGUACGCAAUUGUCCAGGACGCAAAUAUCUGGUACGCAAUUGUCCAGGACGCAAAUGUUUGGUACGCAAUUGUACGGGACGCAAAUUUUUGGUACGCAAUUGUCCGGGACGCGAAUUGCAAAUAUCUGGUACUCAAUUUUCUGGGAUGCAAAUGUCUUGUACGCAAUUGUCCGGGACGCAAAUGCCUGGUACGCAAUUUUCCGGGACGCAAAUAUCUGGUACGCAAUUGUCCGGGAUGCAAAUGUCUGGUACGCAAUUGUCCGGGAUGCAAAUGUCUGGUACUAAAUUGUCCGAGACGCAAAUGUCUGUUAAGCAAUUGUCCGGGAUGCAAAUGUCUUGUACGCAAUUGUCCGGGACGCAAAUAUCUGGUACGCAAUUGUCCGUGUGGCAAAUUUCUGGUCCGCAAUUGUCCGGGAUUCAAAUGUCUGGCACGCAAUUUACCGGGAUGCAAAUGUCUGGUACGCAAUUGUCCGGUUACAAAUAUCUGGUACGCAUUUGUCUGGGACGCAAAUGUCUGUUACGCAAUUGUCCGGGAUGCAAAUGUCUGCUACGCAAUUGUCCGGGACGCAAAUGUCUGGUACGCAUUUGUUCUAGACAAAAAUGUCUGUUACGCAAUUGUCCGGGAUGCAAAUGUCUGGUACGCAAUUGUCCAGGACUCAAAUAUCUGGUACACAAUUAUCCGGGAUGCAAAUUUCUGGUCCGGGAUGCAAAUGUCUAAUGUCUGCUACGCGAUUGGCCGGGAAGCAAAUAUCUGGUACGCAAUUGUCCGGGAUGCAUAUGUCUGUUACGCAAUUCUCCGGAACACAAAUAUCUGGUACGCAAUUGUCCGGGAUGCAAAUGUCUCGUACGCAAUUGUCCGGGACGCAAAUGUCUGGUACGCAAUUUUUCAGAACGCAAAUAUCUGGUACGCAAUGGUCUGGGAUGCAAAUGUCUGCGACGUAAUUGUUCUGGAUGCAAAUGUCUCGUACGCAAUUGUCCGGGACGCAAAUGUCUGCUACGCGAUAGUCCGGGACGCAAAUAUCUGGUACGCAAUUGUCCGGGAUGCAAAUGUCUGGUACGCAAUUAUCCGGAAUGCAAAUGUCUGGUACACAAUUGUCCGGGAUGCAAAUGUCUGGUACGCAAUUGUCCAGGACGCAAAUAUCUGGUACGCAAUUGUCCGGGAUGCAAAUGUCUGGUACGCAAUUGUCCGGGACGAAAAUGUCUGGAACGCAAUUGUCCGGGAUGCAAAUGUCUGUUACGCAAUUGUCCGGGAUGCAAAUGUUUAA